CUGUCCCCGCGCCCCUGGUGCGCUCCGCGGAGAACAGCACGAUGCCCGGGGCUGGGCACCGAGGCGCAGCCCGGGCGAGAUGGCUGGGCACUGGGCUUUUGGGUCUCUUCCUGCUCCCUGUGUCCCUGUCGCUGGAGGUAUCUGUGGGAAAGGCCACUACCAUCUACGCUGUCAACGGCACGGAGAUCCUGCUGCCCUGCACCUUCACCAGCUGCUUUGGCUUCCAGAACCUGCGCUUCUGGUGGUCCUACAACAGCAGUGAUACAUUCAAGAUUCUCAUAGAUGGGAUUGUGAAGAAUGAGAAGUCAGACCCCAAGGUGAAGUUGAAAGAUGAUGACCGCAUCACUCUGGAGGGCUCUGUGAAGGAGAAAAUGAACAAUAUUUCCAUUCUGCUGAGGAACCUGGAGUUCAGCGACACGGGCAAAUACACCUGCCACGUGAAGAACCCCAAGGAGAAUUAUCUUCAGCACCAGGCCACCAUCUUCCUCCAAGUUGUUGAUAAGCUGGAAGAAGUGGACAACACAGUGACACUCAUCAUCCUGGCCGUUGUGGGCGGGGUCAUUGGGCUCCUCAUCUUCAUCCUGCUGGUUAAGAAGUUCAUCGCCUUCAUUAACAAGAAGACUCAGGAGAAGAAGAAGGAGUGCCUCGUGAGUUCGUCAGGGAACGAUAAUACAGAGAAUGGGUUACCUGGCUCCAAGGCGGAAGAGAAAGCACCAACAAAAGUGUAAGCCCUGCUUGGGGCCAAGCAGCCGCCGGGAGCCUCGCUUUCUAAUGAUGAAACUGAUGCCUGAGCCGUGUCCGUGAACCCACGUGCCUGAGACAUCUGCUGCUUGGCUCAAACUGUA